CUAUUUCAAGAAAGUCUGUUAAGUACACUUUCCUUUCUCCCUCCUGAAUCUCAUUCCUUUCUUUGAACUCACGAACAUGGCACCACUAUCUUUUUCCGUUUUUAUCGCUGUAUUUCUUUAAAAAAUUCAAUUUUUAAAUCACAAAAUACAUACUUAGAUACUUUUAAACCAAAAAAAUGACAAAUCAAACAAGCAUGAAAAACCCCACUUCAGUUUUUUCUUCUUCACUUUAUACAUGUUAUAAUAUGAAUCUUUUUGCAUAUCUUGUUUAAUAAUCAAAUACCCUUUUGCCUUAUGUUUCAAUAUCUCUGUUCAGUUUGUAAUCAAGACUCAGUUUUUAUCCUUAUAAUAUGAAUCUUUUUGCAUAUCUUGUUUAAUAAUCAAAUACCCUUUUGCCUUAUAUUUCAAUAUUUUUGUUCAGUUUGUAUCUAAGUCUCUUUUUUUUUUUUUUUUUUUUUUUUGUAUCAUUAUAAUCUGAAUCUGAUUCAAUACCCUUUUGGCUUUUGUUUUCAAUUUUUUCUUGUUCACUUUCUGUAAAGACUCAUUUUUUUUUUUUUUUUGUUUGAGUUUGUAUCAAGACUCAUUUUUUAUCCUUAUAACCUGGAUCUUUUUGCAUAUCUUGUUUAGUAAUCCAACACCCUUUUGGCUUUUCUUUUCAAUUUUUUCUUGUUCACUUUGCAUCAAGACUCAAUUUUUUAUGUUCACUUUGUAUCAAGACUCAUUUUAUAUCCUUAUAAUCUGAAUCUUUUUGCAUAUCUUGUAUAACAAUCUAGUACCCUUUUCCCUUUUGUUUCAGUUUUUUUUCCCUUCUUGUUGUUGUUGUCUCUAUCAAAGACUCAAUUUUUUAUGUUCACUUUGUAUCAAGACUCAUUUUAUAUCCUUAUAAUCUGAAUCUUUUUGCAUAUCUUGUAUAACAAUCUAGUACCCUUUUGCCUUUUGUUUCAAUUUUUUAUUCUUCUUGUUGUUGUUGUCUCUAUCAAAGACUCAAUUUUUUAUGUUCACUUUGUAUCAAGACUCAUUUUUUAUCCUUAUAAUCUAAAUCUUUUAGCAUAUCUUGUAUAACAACCUAGUACCCUUUUGCCUUUUGUUUCAAUUUUUUUCUUGUUGUUGUCUCUAUCAAGGACUCAAUCUUUUUUGUUCACUUUGUAUCAAGACUCAUAUUUUAUCCAUAAUCUUUUUCCAUAUCUUGUUUAAUGAUCCAAUACCUCUUUUAUGCUUUCAUGAGGCUAUUUCACUCUACUCCAUUUUAUUUUAUUUCACUUUCUAUCAAGACUUAAUUUUUAUUCUUAUAAUCUGAAUCUAUUUGCAUAAUCUUGUUUAAUGAUCCAAUACCCCUUUGGCUUUUGUUUCAUCUUUAUGCUUUGAUGAGGUUGCUUCGACGAUGUACGAGGAUUUUUAUCCUCUCUUUGCUUGCUAUUUCAGUCUUCACUCCGGUGUUCUUGCUUUCCUUUAGGCUCAAACACCUUAACUCUGAUGCAUCACGAGACUUUGUUGAAGAUUUAUCAAUUCUUAAGCACAGAAUAGAUGCUCAGGCGAAUAGUGCAGUUCAACAGGAAGAAGUUGAAGGCCUAAAAGGACCACACUUGGUUGUAUACAGAGAUGAGAAUGAUAGGCUUGACAAAGCAGAGAAUGUUAACUUACAGCAAAAUAAUGGGACCACAUAUCGCGGAGAAGAAAAAACUCAACGAAAUCUAUCUGAGCAAAAAGUGUCCUCAUUUAGAGAAAAGGAAAAGUCCAGGCCAAAAGGGGUUCAACACAGUCAGAGCAUACAGUCACAUUCGCGUAGGCCAUUAGAUGAAAAAGUAAAAGAGAUGAAAGAUAAAGUGAUAAGGGCCAAAGCGUACUUGGGUUUUGCACCACCAGGUAGCAACUCUCAUUUUGUGAAGGAGAUAAAGCUACGAAUUAAAGAGCUAGAACGAGCUAUGGGCGAUGUCGCUAAAGAUUCUAGUUUGUCAAGGAGGGCCAUACAGAAGAUGAAAGCCAUGGACGGGACCCUGCUGAAAGCCAGCAGAAUAUACCCUGAUGGCUCAGCUAUGGUGAAUACACUACGUGCCAUGACAUAUAAUGCUGAAGAACAGCUUCGAUCACAGAGGGAUCAAACUUCUUUCCUUGUACAGCUUGCUGCAAGAACUACACCAAAAGGCCUUCAUUGCCUUUCCAUGCGGUUGACCACAGAAUAUUUCGCCCUGCAGCCUGAGGAGCGGGGACUUCCUAACCAACAUAAACUGCAGGAUCCUGAUCUCUAUCACUUUGCUGUUUUCUCAGACAAUGUUUUGGCGUGUUCCGUGGUUGUCAAUUCAACUGUUUCAACUGCUAGAGAACCGGAGAAAAUUGUCUUUCAUAUAGUGACUGAUUCUCUUAACCUGCCAGCCAUGUCAAUGUGGUUCUUGAUGAACCCUCCUGGAAAAGCUACCGUUCAAAUCCAGAGCAUAGACAAUUUUGAAUGGUUAUCGACAAAAUACAAAGAGGAUCAGCAGAAGAAAAAGGGCAUUGAUCCAAGAUACACUUCUGCGCUGAACCACUUGCGCUUUUAUCUGCCUGAUAUUUUUCCUUCCGUGAACAAGAUUGUGUUCCUCGACCACGAUGUGGUUGUGCAAAAGGAUCUAACCAGACUUUUUCACGUCAACAUUAAGGGUAAAGUGAACGGUGCAGUGGAGACUUGUGUGGAAGGUGAGCCUUCAUUCCGCCGAAUGGAUAUGUUUAUCAAUUUCACAGAACCCAUGGUGGCUACAAGGUUCGAUAGAAACACAUGCACUUGGGCAUUCGGGAUGAAUAUAUUUGAUCUGAAGGAGUGGAGGAAGCAAAACUUAACUGCCCUCUAUCACAAGUACUUGGAAUUGGGAAGUAAGAGACCAUUAAUAAAAGCUGGUAGUUUGCCAAUUGGUUGGAUGACUUUUUACAAAUAUACACAUGCUCUAGACAGGAGAUGGCAUCUCCUCGGGCUGGGGUAUGACUCCUGUGAAAAGCUAGUUCAAAUCCAGGCAGCAGUGGUUCAUUAUGAUGGAGUUAUGAAACCAUGGUUAGACAUUGGGAUCCAAAAGUACAAGCCAUAUUGGAAAAAACAUGUUAGCUACGAACAUCCGUUUAUGCAACAAUGCAAUAUACAAGCAUAGCGUUUCUUGCGUAAUAGAGGCUUUCGCCCCCGGUUUUAUUGUACCACUGGCACUUAAGGUCUAGAAUUCAAGAUAGAAAGAAGAUUGGUUGGUGCACCGUUAUGUGUAGCUCGAGUUUUUCCACUUCACCAGCAUUGUUAUUGUUUUCUCAUAGUGUACGAACCACUUAAGGUAGAUUCUUUCCAUAUAUUGAUCCACUAUUCUUCCUUUGUAAAGUUCAGCUCCUCUUGUUGUCCAUUUUUUCUCCCCUUGAAAAUUUGCCUGUAUAUUUCUCAACAUUAAUGGUUAAUGUUAAAGAUAGCCUUACAGCAAA